AUGGUGAUCACGAUCGUGCAGAAGGAGGCGCUGCAAGGUCUUUGCUCCAAAGAUCGCCUUGAUCUGAUGGACGCGAUCGACCGCCUACGCUCCGAGGGCAUCGACCAUCUCAUCUCGCUGCCCCAGAUCAUCGUGGUCGGUGACCAGUCAUCUGGCAAGAGCUCUGUUCUAGAAGCCAUCUCCGGCGUCCCCUUUCCAGCCCGAAGCAGCCUCUGCACCCGGUUCCCCACCGAGGUCGUGCUGCGGCGAACCUCCCAGGUCAGCGCGCGUGUCUCAAUCGUCCCGCACAUGUCGAGAGACGACUCGGAGAAAGCCUCAUUGUCCAGCUUCGACGAGAAGUUGGACACUUUCGAAGACCUUGCCCGGGUCAUCGACGAGGCGAAAUCCGCCAUGGGGAUAUCGGUCCACGGGAGGGCAUUUGCUCGAGACCUGCUGCGCGUGGAGAUCUCAGGCCCCGACCGCCCACAUCUGACCAUCGUCGACCUGCCUGGCUUGAUCCACUCCGAGACCAAGCAUCAGAAGCCCUCUGACGUCGAAUUGAUACAGGAGACGGUCGAGUCGUACAUGUACGAGCCACGAAGCAUCAUCCUGGCAGUCGUGUCGGCGAAGAACGACUUCGCGAACCAGAUCGUCCUGAAGCUCGCAAGAACGGUCGAUCCCAGCGGGGAACGGACCCUCGGUGUCGUCACGAAACCCGACAUGUUGAACCCAGGGUCCGAUAGCGAAGCUCUGUACAUCUCGCUCGCCCGGAACCAGGAGGUCAACUUCCGCCUCGGCUGGCAUGUUGUCAAGAACAUGGACUCGGAGAAGGAGACUGGUUCGUUCCAUCGACGUAAUACCCUCGAGGCAGAAUUCUUCGCUCAUGGGGUGUGGACUACUCUUCCAAGCACCAUUCUUGGUGUCGCUCAUCUUCGAAGCCGACUAAGCAAAGUCCUCUUGAAACACAUCACAGCGGAGCUUCCCAGUCUCGUCGCCGAGAUCGAUGUGAAGUGUCAAGCGUGCCGUAGUCAGAUGGAGAAACUUGGCCGGCCCAGAAAUACGCACUACGAACAGCAGCAGCACAUGAUCACAAUCUCGGAGUCGUUCCAGCGCCUCGUGCGAAAUGCUGCGGAUGGCAACUGGACGGAUUCCUUCUUCAAAGACGUCGAGACUGACAAUGGCUACAAGCGCCGCCUCCGCGCCUUCGUCCAGAACUACAACGAAGACUUUGCUGCAAACGUCCUAAAGAAUGGUCAGCGUCACCACAUCAAGGAAGAGGGGGAAGAGGCCAGCAGCACCCCCACAGAUGCCACAUCUAUCUCACGAGAUGACUUCAUUGAGAGAAUCGUGGCAAAGAUGUCCCGUUCCCGCGGCAGAGAACUUCCGGGAUCCUUCGACCCCAUGAUCAUCGCCGAGCUGUUCCGCGAGCAGGCUAGCCCCUGGGAGGCCCUCGCGGCAUCCCACGUCCAGCGCACGUGGGAUGCUUGCAAGGUCUUCCUCAGACAGGUCAUCGACCACGUUGCAGAUACCAAUACGUCAUCGACGGUUCUGCAAAGGAUCAUUGGGCCAGCGAUGGACGCCAUACUGGCAGACCUUCGAGACAGGACGAGCCAGAUCCUCAAGCAGCACCAGCAGCUGCAGCCGAUCACGUACAACCACUACUUCACCGAGACGCUGCGAAAGAUCCGGGCCGACAGCAGCCGCGCCAAGGUCGUUUCCGUGAUCAUGAAACACUUCCGUACAAAAAGCUUGACUAUCGUUUCGCAUGGUGAACAGGAUCUUGCAACCUUGGUGAAUAAGAUCACAAUGGGCACCACCGAGCCUGACAUGAACAAGUUCGCAGCGUCAGAAGCCCGGGAUAUGAUGAUGGCAUACUACAAGGUAGCCAUGAAGCGCUUCGUCGACGACAUCGCCGUGUCCGUCAUCGAGACAGGGCUUGUUCUCGCUCUGCACAAGAUGCUAUCCCCAGCCGAAGUGUACAAGAUGGACGCGGAGCUCGUGGCCAGCCUGGGGGGUGAGACCGAGGAGAAUCGCGUGGGCAGGGAGCAGGCCGUCCGGCAGCUAGAGGUGCUGGAUAGGAGCGCCCAGAUCUGCCGCCAGUUUCCUGUUGACGGGAUGGGCAGUAAGGAUUCCCCAAUAAGCUGA